ACCCUGGUCCCCACAAUGUGGCCGGCAAGUGGGUCUCCUUCACAGCAGCUUCAGCUCGUCGCUGUCUGGGGCCACGUCGACGGUCUGACUGUUUUCUUUUUUCUCCUUAAUUUACAGCCGGAAAACCUACAGAAGAACUGGCUUCGGGAAUUUUAUCAGGUCGUCCACUCGCACAAGCCGCACUUCGUGGCCCUGCACUGCCAGGAGUUUGGGGGCAAGAACUACGAAGCCUCCAUGUCACACGUGGACACGUUCGUCAAAGAACUGCUGUCGAGCGACGCGAUGAAGGAGUUUAACCGGGCCCGCGUCUACCUGGAUGAGAACUACCGGUCGCAGGAGCAGUUCACGGCGCUGGGAAGCUUUUACUUCCUUCACGAGUCCUUGAAGAACAUCUACCAGUUUGACUUCAAAGCUAAGAAGUACAGGAAGGUCACGGGCAAGGAGAUCUACUCAGACACGCUGGAGAGCACGCCCAUGCUGGAGAAGGAGAAGUUCCCGCAGGACUACUUCCCCGAGUGCAAAUGGUCGAGGAAAGGCUUCGUGCGGACCAGGUGGAGCGUUGGGGACUGCGCCUUCGACCUGGUGAACAUCCACCUUUUCCAUGACGCUUCCAACCUGGUCGCUUGGGAGACCAGCCCCUCGGUGUACGCGGGGAUCCGGCACAAGGCCCUGGGCUACGUGCUCGACAGGAUCGUUGACCCGCGGUUCGAGAAAGUGGCCUACUUUGUUUUCGGCGACUUCAACUUCCGACUGGAUGCCAAGUCCGUGGUGGAGACGCUCUGCACGAAGGCCACGAUGCAGACGGUCCGAGCCGCCGACACCAACGAGGUCGUGAAGCUGAUCUUCCGCGAGUCGGACAACGACCGGAGGGUCAUGCUGCAGCUGGAGAAGAAGCUCUUCGACUACCCCGACCAGGGCGUGUUCCGAGAGGGCAGCACUGCGCUCCUAGAAUUUGACAAAGAGCUGUCUGUCUUUAAGGACAGACUCUACGAACUGGACAUCUCGUUCCCUCCCAGCUACCCGUACAGCGAAGACGCCAGUCAGGGCCAGCAGUACAUGAACACGCGGUGCCCGGCAUGGUGUGACCGCGUCCUCAUGUCCCUGUCCGCCAAGGAGCUGGUUCUGAGGUCGGAGAGCGAGGAGAAGGUUGUCACCUACGACCACAUCGGGCCCAACGUCUGCAUGGGAGACCACAAGCCCGUGUUCCUGGCCUUCCGCGUGGCGCCCGGGGCAGGUAAAGCUCACGCACAUGUGCACAAGUGUUGUGUCGUGCAGUGACGUGGUGGGAGAUGCCAGCGACAGGAGAGGACCCCGCGGGAGCCCUGCCUGUAGCCCCGGCGCAGAAGGUCGCAGCCCACCCCGUCCACGCGCAGCAGCCGCAGCAGCCCCGCCGCCGGCCGGGGCCCCACACCGCGCUG